ACCAACCCAUAAGGAGGAAAAUUUUCAUUCAAGGAUUGUGUUCUCAGGUGACUGCAGCGAUUUUCGCAAUUUUCUUGUAACUGGUAACAUCUAAUAAUGGAUCGGUUAAAAAUGAACAAUUUUUUGGAGUUGGUGCUUCUGUUCGCGAUUAUUCUAGGUACACAAUUUUCAUCAGCACUUCAACUAGAGGGACUUUCUACUAAAAAACCAAGAAUAACUAAAUAUACAAUGAAGCCAACUUCUGCGUCGGCUACAUCAGUCCCCUCGUCACUGUCGCUAUACCGACUCAACGGGACCAGUGGUGCGACAUGCAUUCUAAUUCAAACGGAUGGUCUCCUCAGCAUACAGUACCGAGACAAGUAUGGGGAGGAUAAGGAAGCAGACACAUUUAUGCCAGAUCAAAUGGACAUUUCCGGAGAAUGUUGGGAAGAUGAGUCAAGGGUAUCUCUCGGAUGGAAAGGAUUCGUUCUGAAUAUAUAUUUUUCCAAGACUCCUGGAGGGGAACGGUGGUAUGUCAACAAUGUAGAACUGAUUUAUUCAUCAAACAACAAAAUCUUUGAACAUGUUGAUCGACCAGGGUUAGAUGUGAAGCUCUCUACCCCGCCGGGAACGUUACUAUUCCCAACACCUGUAGGCAAAUCUUACACUUGUGAACAGGAAGUAAUAAUUACAAUGUUCGCCCAGGACGAAAAUGACAAAUCGGGACAUCUUGCAAAGCUGUAUUUACGCGAAUUGCGAAUGCAAAGCUUCAUGUACAAAUCGUCGAACACAUGGGGACCCACGUUCCAAUGUAGUGCGACCGGCACAUACCGAGACGAGACAGCUCCGAUUGCCGUGGGAUCAACACUGGCUGUUGCAACCGUUUGUACUGUUGUUGGAUACGGACUUUGGAGAUAUUUCAAGGUAAAAAAAUUCCAGUACGGAACCAUGGCUUAAGCUGUCGUCAAUUCUUACCAAGCGUCUAUGAGAUGCCUGCUACCGUGGCCAAAUUAAUCCUGAUCGCAUUGAUUGAAUAAGAAAAUGCACUAGCUACAUAUCAUAACUAGUGUGAACAAGAUCUGGACAGUUUACGGCGCCGCUGAACAAAAUUCAUGCAAAAUAUUCAAUUACCAUAUUAUACCGCACUGAUAGGUGCCGUAUCGUUCGAUGACGGAUAACAAUUAAUAAGAUUACCAGAUAUUUACUAGAAUGGAGCGUACAAUGCUGUAUCAAUAUUAUUAAAACUUAUAAGACACAACCAUGCGAAAAGAUAAAGUCUUCCAUUUUCAUUUAAAUGAAGUUAUCUAGUAAGUGAUUAAGAAUAUACUACAACUAGUAAAGUAAGCUUAAGUGUAUUAUAUGUAAAAGUUCAAAUUCAUGUGCACAUAAAAUGUUUCGAAUCUUACAGUUUUAGAGUCUGUUGUAAAUAUGAAGCUAUGGAAAUCAAUAACUUCGAAUCAUCAUGAAAGCAUAUAGAUACAAUCAAAUAUUUCGAAGGCGAACUGCAGAGCGUACAUCUCAGCACGUAAUUCAAACUACAGCAAUUGUUUUAGAUUCUGCCGAAAAUCUCUACUAUUUCCAUUUUUAAGUGUGACGUAUCGAAAACCCGAUUAAAUAUUUAUAAUAAAGUUCUAUAAUGUUAGUUUAUGCCACUUAAAU